CUCCACUUUAUACCAGCCCGACAUUGAUUCUCGACUCCCGCCCUGAGGGCGUACGGAAUACAUCAGACGCGAACACCCUCUAAGAGAACCCCGCAACCGUGAUCAGGAUGCGGCGCUCGUCGCUGGACCUGACCGAACCGGCUCGGAACAUCGAGGAGUCGAAUGGGCAGCCAUCCGCCGACAUGACCGACGCUACCGCCGACAACAUUCUCUCGCCUCCCGCUGAGGAGAUGGAACUCAUCGGUGACGAUAGCGAAGCCACCGCUAGAGUGUACACACCGCCGCCGCACAUUGCCGCACGGCUAUUCUACCGUCCGACGAACCAAACUCGACGCAAGGACAGCGCGGCUUCAUCUCGCCGCAACAGCAUAUCAUCUGCGACGUCGCGCUCCUCGCACGGCGGUGUCCGCAACGGCGGCCCGCAGAGCAAAUACAUUGCACAACAUCUCCGCCGCGCCUCCAUACUGGAGGACCGGAAGGCGCGGCUUGCUGACCGUGCCGCCCAUGCCGAAAAGGUGCGCCUCCGAGCGGCGCUGGCCAAGGCCAGGACAAGGAACGCAAGUGUGAGUGAGGAGAGGGCCCUGGCUGCCGCGCAAGCCCGGGAGCGCAACCUUGCCGAGAUCGCUGCUGCCUGUGCCGAAGAGGUCAGGCGAGCCAAGGCUGUUGCCGAGAGUAUGAAGGAAAAGCGGGAACAGGAGAUCCGAAAGAUGAAGCUUCAGAUGGAGGAACGCCUGGCCGAGGCGGAGAGGAGGAGGGAGGAGCUACGCAGCCGAAAUGCUGCCAAGGCGAAGGGGAGAGAGCGCGGGCAGAGCCUAGGGACCCGCAAGCCCCCGGCGGCCGACGUCGUGCCCGGAGCCCAGGAGGCGAAGCAUUGGGCGCGAGCUCCCCUCACCAAAGAGGUCGCUGCCUCCAAGAUAUUGUGGUUUUGGAGGGCCAGCAAGAGGAAACAAUAUGUGGCCGAGUUUUCCGCCUUGGGCCUAUCCUUGGACGCCGUGCGCGAAGCCUCCUUUGAUGAGGUCACGAUGCUUCUCUCUCAGGAGCGCGUCCUAGUUUUGACCUCGCGUAUCCUUCGCAUCUGCGGACUCAACGAAGGCGACCCCGGCUCCGUCGAGGAGAUGGCCGCGGUGAGGUCUUUCCUGAGUGCCUUUCUGAUCUUAGGUCACCCAUCGCAGGUUCUCAGCAACAAGGACACCGAGAUGGCGGAAGAGGCGGAGCUGGGCCAGGCGCACCCUAUUCCCAAGGACAGUCUUGCCAACCCUCAGUCUCAAGAGCUCGUUAGCAAGGCCAGAGACCUCCUGGUUCUGUUCGAGAACGUUCUUGGUCGGUUGACCGCUUUCAACCACUACACGCCGCCACUGGCCCUGCUGGCCGCGUUUCCAGAGGUAUAUGCCACCUUCUACAACGCUCUGAUUGCCUGGAAGGCCCGCGACUCGAGCUCGCUGGUUGACCUGAUGGUCAUGCAGUUUGUAGAGCUUGACGCCAUCUGGGAGUCUGUGAAGGACACCACGGACGGCUCGGUGGACCAGGUCUACAAGGAGAGCAUCCGUAACAACCAGCUCCUCCUGCUCGUCCGGAUCAAGCGGCUAGCCGGCGCUGCCAAAGGGAAACAGCUAGUCGCGGACGCCGUGAAGGCUGCGCGUAAAGCAAGGGCCAAGAAGCCCGUUGGCGACACGAAGCCGCGUAUGGCGGAACAGACGGUCACCGAGACGGCGAUGGGAGUUCUCGGCGUGGAAGAGAGCAGCGCGCAGCCACAAACGCAGACCCCAACUCCGCCGGCUACCCCGUCAAGGAAGCCGGAGCCGUUCCGGAUCAGUGUCGUGAUUCCGAGCGGGAAGAGUCUGCUGCCUGACAAUCGGAUUGUUGUCCACGAGCUGGCCAUCAACAAAGAGUUCCGCACCGAGCCACACGAAUACCACGAACAACAAGAGCAUCUACUGGCUCCGCUAUUUCGAGAGAUGCGCUCCACCAUGCAGUCGCAGAAUCGGGAGGCUCACUUCUUCCUACUCCUGAAGGUUGCCGACCUGAUCCGGGAGAAGCUCCAGCGCCUGGUCAAGCCCGGCAACUCGAUGCAUACCUUCAUUGGGGAGCUGCUGGAUACCGAAAUUGCUCAGCGUCAGUUCGCCAUGGGCAGCUUCUCCUACGAGAAGUUCUUUCAAGCUAUGGGGUCGUUGCUGCCAAAACUCUGCGCGCCCGUCAGAGACGACGAGGUCAAGGUCCUUGUCGAGGAGAAGUUGAGUCAUGGCAGCUACGUCGACCGCCUCGAGGCGCUAAAUGGCUUCAUCGACGUCAUGCUCAGCGACUACGCCAAUUACCUCCUCCAGCUGGCAGCCCCCCGCCUCAUUGAGCAGGCCCCAGCAUACGAGGCGAGGGCGUUUGCGGCCGAUCUCGAAGCCGGACGACACGACCUCGCCGUCGCCACCAAAUGUUGGCGCGCGGCACGGCAAAAACUAUUCACAGAGGCAUCGCGUCGCGACCCAGAGGGCAUCAACCACCCAGGGUCGCGCCCCACCGCGAAUCGCAUCUACGCGCAGCUCCUUGUCGACCUCUUCACGCAGCUCUCCCCCGUCCCUCGGGAAGAGGUCCCGGAGAUGCUCUUGCUUGACCACAAACGCAUCAUCGAGGCUGGCCGCCUUACCCGCCACAUCAUCACGACCGGCGCGAUCCUCUUGCAGUGCAAGAACCUACUCAAGCGAGAUGUCCGCGCCCCUUGGCGGAGCGAGGCCCAACGCAUCUUGGCCGUGCUUGAAAAGAGCGACGACCCUCGAGCGACGGACAUGACGCCCGACGUGGCUGCCGAGGGCAUCAAUGCGGCGCUCGAGGCCGGCCGCUGCAUGCCUGCGGCCACGAAACAGCACCUCCGCGGGCUCGUCAACAAGUUACUCGCCGCGAGCGCCGAGGCGGCGACGAUCAAACCGCGGGAGGUCGAACUCCAGGAGCCCGUGUUGAGGCUGCUUCUGGCCAGACUGCGCGGGCACGUGCUCGCCCGGCUGACAGCUUCAUCGGCCAGCGAGAAAGUCAAAGCCACGAGCACCGCAGGGGAGAAGCUGGCUGGGCUGGGUCUGGCCGAGUUUGUGGAUAAGGUCAGGGAUAUGGUGGACAUGAUGGGCCGGGUGUCGGCGGUCGACCGGGAUGCGCAUGGGGUAUGGUGGGAUAGGGUUGCGGAACUUGUCGAGGGCGAGAAUACACAGUAGGGAAGGGAGGGGCAAAGGGACUGGGUUUGCGAGAUGAGGGGUUACAUGCAUUGAUUUCGGGUAACUGGUAUUCGCAUGAGGGU